AGAAAGCAUUAGGACUGCAGACUGCGGGGAUUCCCGGAGAGUUGUUUCUCAGCUGGUCGUCGCGCGGGUAGAGCUCAAAUAUGUAAUCUCUUUUACAGCCAGAUCGCCCGUUCUUAUCUUUCUUAAUACCGGUAACUCUGGCGUUCCUCUUGUCUCAGGGGGAACACCGUAUCAGGUCACUUUCUGUUCCCCCGCCAUUCCCAACGAUCGCCUACUCGAUCCGCAGGAGUGCGCUAGGCUUACUGCGCUGUUUACUCUAUUUCGACGACUCCGGCAGCGGAGCGCGAAACCUUUCUCCGCCGUUUCGUCUCGUUUAGGUCCUAAUUUUCACGGGAAGAGACCGGUCUCCAUUUGUGAAGAUGGUGCAAACGACGAACCGAGGUGCUGGCCAUUCGUCGAACCAGAAGGGCGGUGUUCGCGUUUACAAGAUCGUCGUGCUUGGCGAUGGAGGCGUGGGAAAAAGCGCUCUGACACUUCAGUUCGUGACUCACAGCUUCUUGGAAUACCACGACCCGACCAUCGAGGAUGCCUACCAGCAGAAGACUGUCAUUGAUGGAGAAGUGGCCCUAUUGGACAUUCUGGACACUGCUGGCCAGAUUGAAUUCACAGCUAUGCGGGACCAGUACAUGCGCUGCGGGGAAGGUUUUGUCAUAUGCUAUGCCAUCACCGACCGUAGAAGCCUGGAGGAAGCUGCCGAGUGCAGGAAGCAGAUUGAGCGUGUCCGCUGUUCAGAGUCUGUGCCCAUGGUUCUGGUCGGCAACAAAUGUGACCUGGAAAGUUCUCGCCAGGUUUCCACCGAGGAAGGGCAGGCGUUGGCACAACAGAUGAACUGCCCCUUCUACGAGACCUCAGCCGCGCUGCGUCACUUUGUGGAUGACGUGUUCCACACACUGGUCCGUGAGAUCCGGCGCCGGGAGAAGGAGCGACAGUUCCUGCUUCGGCGGGCCGCCCGCAGGAAGGCAUCCAGCGAACGGUGGCAAGCGUUCACACACGCCUGCCGCUCCCUGCUUUGUGUGCGCGGAUCCGGGGACGCGUCGUCUCACUCCUGAGCAUGCACUGUAUUUUUUUUUUUUUUUUGGUUGACCCUCCCCUCUGUUUGCCCGUCCAAGGCUUUGUUGUGUUCUUCUGCUCUAGGCCAACAUUUGUUGAUCCGUGUGCAGCCAAGCAGUGUCGCAUGGUGGCCCGGGUUUUGACUGCUGCUACUGCUGGUCGGCUUGCAGUUGAACAAAUGUAAGGCAGCUAGCUAGCAGUGGUGCCUGUAAAUCGCUGCUCGACUGAGUAAAGUUUGUUUUAUUGCUGACAGGUUUCAGGUUGCAGUGUGUCAGCUGCCGUCUUGUGCGCUAUUGCCUCUAGUUGCAAAAUUCAGAGAAAUGUGGUUAGGAUGAUGGGGAAAGCUCAGUAGCACCAGAAAGUUUCUGGAGGUACAGCAUUUCAAAGACGUCACAUGUUAUUGGGGGUGGCUUCUACAGAUGUUCAUGCAGUUUCGCAGUGUGCGAGGCAGCUCAAGAUGCUGGUGCUUUUCUCAUUUGCACAGAAAUUCAAGACAGUUUACUAAAAAUGUGGAUAAAGCUCAUGCAGUACAAGGCCUAUCUAUUCCUCUAUCUUGAUCAACAUCUCUGUGUGCUGUUGCAGUUUUAGAUUACAAUAGAGACAUGUAAUUUCUCUCCGGCCAAAUUCUGGGUUGCUGUGGACAGGCUUGUCACCAAUGCUGUUUGUCACGUGCAGUGAUUUAGAGGCUUCACUGCUUCAUCUUGUAACGUAAAAGUAAGCGUACUUCACUUCGUGUUCACGUCAUGUGGCAAGUUUCCACGCUCGGAUGUACCGACAGCACAGAGAAAGAUAGCAUCUACGAUUUGUGUGCACUUUAACAAGAAUUUUUGUUUUCAUUGGGGCAUGUUAGAGCUUAUGGAAAAGUUGUGCUAGUUCUGGGUAGUCACCUUUUAUUUCUAGCUUUUCGGAACAUCACAUGACGUAACGACAUAUGAGGCAUAAAGCUCUCAAGUUACUUCAACCAAAAGUCACAGAUAUGCGCUCUUACAACUUAGUUUGUACACUGUGUGGCGUUUGCAAGCAACUCUUCUCUGGUGCAGUGGUUCUCAGAUCCAUGUCUGCAGACCCUCUAGUAGUCUGCGAAGGCAUUUCUGAGGUCUUUGAAGCAAAUGAAAGAAAAGUUUGAUCUGUUAGGUGGGUGACUGACCACGUGUUACUUUGUGCUCUUGUGAAAUUAUUCAUGGCACUUGCAAGAAUGUCCACUCUCAUGGAAAAAUGCCUCAGUUAGUACAGGCAGUCUUAUUUUCCAUUUAUGGCCACCACCAUCUUGGGCUGUUACAUGAACGAUUCACCAAUUUCGGUGCUCUGAUGUAGAGGUUGCAAAUCACCGAAUGCACCUGUUCAACAGUGUCGUAUAUGAAUUGACCUUUUGGUAUUAUGCAUUGGCAGUUACCAUUAGAAAACACCUAUGGUAACAACCCGUGACUCCGACGCUUUUGUAAAAUGGUCCAACAUAUUCAACAGCUAAUGAUUAUAGGUUCCUAAAUAGCACUAAUAAGAGGACAGAAAUAAGAAUGACAACACACAGGGCUGCAUUCUCAUUAUGUCUAUCCUUGUCUUUGUUUAGUACUUUUUAGGACCUCCAUGGUAUAACAGACCAACCAGCCCAUAUUAGCGCCUUAAUGAAAGGUUAAUCUGUGGGCUUCCAUUGCAGAUUUAAGUUGCCACAAGCACUUGAAUACAGAUGGGGUGUUCCCUCUGAUAAUGGGACGACUGUGCGCAAGUCAUCCCCCAUCUGGCAUUGCUUAAAAUUUCACUUGCCGUAUAUUGCAACGGUGUUAGUGCAAUAUGUAUUGCUGCAGUGCAAGUGUAAUUUCAGGUUAUUAUUAUUAUCUUUUGCAUACCCAGCCCGCAGUCUAUUUUUCUUUUUCAACAAGUGCAUAUAUAUUGCACACCUGAAUAGAAAGUUUAUGGAAGAUUCUAAUCGUGUGUUGUGGAUUCAAAGCUUUCGUUUAAGAAUGACAGAACUCUAGCACAUUGUACAAGGGACGCUUAGAAAGUAAGUUUCGUCAUUUAUUUUUACCUGGAAACCUUAUUGCCAAAAAAAAAAGAAAUACACCAUGGCAUCAUGAACUGUACAUCUUGCACUAUUUUUCCUCAUAGUCACCACCGACAUUGAGACGUUUGUCAUAGCAUGCAAUCAGUUCGAAAAAACCACUCUGGUAGAACUCGGUACCCUGCGAUGCAAGGUAUUGUCACACAGCUUGCUCCACCUCAGCAUUGUUUUGGAAGUGACGUCCCCAGAGUGGGGCUUUCAAUGCAAGAAACAGGUUCCCAUUCAUACCAGAUCUUCCAUGGCAACCAUGUUGUCCGCAAACGUCUGCCAUUGCGAUUCAUGCUCGAAUAACCUUGGGCACGCUGGUGUGCUGCUACUCUCUUCUUCAGCACUCUGCGCAUUUGUCAUUCCUCCUCUGCUGACGCUCUUUCCGUCAUUGAACCUGCAAUAGGUGUGGAUUCUUAUGGUGAUUGUUUUUUUAACCUGGUGUACUAUCUUCUCUUUCGAAAGAAUGACGAAACUUUCUUUCAGAACACCCCUCAUAAUAUGAGAAAACAUUUGGUACGGCGUGCCGAAAAGCAGUCGCUGUAGAUGCUCUCCUGUGGACCAUCUUCUGACCAAAGAGGAAACUCACCGAAAUGUUUAAAUGUAAGAGACAAGGGCUCCUUACUACUAAAAUUUUAAAUGGACAGCUGUCCUUAGCAAGUUUUGGAAAAAGCUUUUAACAAUUGUCUUCAGCGCCUAUAUGGCUAAGAUGGGGAAUGCAUUGUUUUGUUGUUCACCUUUCUCUGCUUGCAUUUAAGUAGGCUGUGUUUAAGGCAUACCACCCAUUCCAUUUGUAAUCUUUGUUUUGUUUGUGUGUUUCUCGGAACACAUGUGAAAAAUAUUGCUAGAAUUUGACAUUACAGCUGUUCAGGUUAAUUAUUUGUCUGACAAAUUACAAUGCUCAUUUGGUUAUUUACGUAUUAACAGUUAGCAUUUUUCACAAUAAAGCCUCCCCUGCACACAGUGGGACAAAAUUAAGGGAAGAACUGUUGUCUUUCACAGAGCUUUGUGGGUGGUUGCCUCGAAACUAAAUUUCUGGCUAAAUAAACAUGAACUUGUUACUGCCUGGCUUCAAUUCUGUGAGAGAUAUGUGCAUCCCAAAGUGAAAUAUGAAUGUUAAUUAGUGGAAUUUUUGUAAUUAGCCAAAUCAACUCUGAUUUCUUAUGAAUGUAAUGUCCAUCUCUACUAGCAAACCUCCUGAGGAGGCCUAAUUGCAAUAUCUGCUGCAGACGUUUUUCUUUAUCUGUUAUGCUUGCAAUGCCUAUUUUGCAGUGCUUGGCUUGUACAGUGUAGCUUGUUUGUGAUAUUGUUGUCAAAUUGUGGGGCUUCCUGCUGCAGCAUCCCAUUGUCGGAAUUGCACAGGCUACCACUUGUAACAACUUUAGAUUAUGUUGCUUGCACUUUAAUGACGUGUGUACAUGUUUUGCCUGAGUAACAUGAAACUUACACGGUUGACAUGGCUAACAGGAGUUAAUUGAAUUUGCUUUUGUUAGUGUCACUGACUCUUGCCGGAAAGUGCAAAUUGUUUCAAAGUCAUGUUUGUAUACCUGCCCUAUUUGUACGUACACAUCAGUGCAAGUUAUCUGAAGCGUAGAUACAGACCAUUGCUUUCACAUAAUUACAAACAAUGACAGUUCAUAUAUAUGUACAAGCUAUAUCACCUACCGCUUUCCUUUACCUCUCUUCUAUUCAUAGUUUUCAAAGUGUACUAUAGUAGAUUGUUACAAUACUUGAGUAUUGUGGAGCAAAGCUUGCUUAAAGGGGACCUGAACCACCUCUCGUGCUUGUUGAAGUAGCAUAGUUCGUGGGUAGCAUACGUUGCUGUGAACACCUUGGCCAAGUUUUGCUGUCAAAUGCAGUGCUUGGAGCUCGCAAGCGGAUCGCGAAGUCAUUUUUCUCUCAAACGAUCUCUUUUCAACAGAAGGCAUUGUCCUUACUCUCUUCUGUAUGCUUUAGCGCACUGUAGCUCACUAAGGACAACCGCGUUUGGCUUACGCGUCGUAAGCACCAAAGGUGAAAGUUUUGGCGUCUGCAUAAACAUCCAAAAUGAAAUUUGAACUGCAGGCCACAGUGACAUUUAGAAGGUGGAGCAUUGUAGGCAUGCCUUACUGCGCUGUAACCUUCGCAGUGCAAGACGUUGAAGAAGGAAUGGGAGCACAGCGGAAGCCAUGUUUGAUUGCCAAUAGCUCCGCACAUGCUGAACGCAUUGAAGUACUUUUUACGCAAAGUAUUUGUGAAAUAACCUAUUUGGACUUCAAUGAAGCCUUUCUACACUUCGAUAAAAAGUGGUUCAGGGCCCCUUUAAACGCCCGCUGCAGUGAUGGUAUGGAAGUGCAGAAAUGAAUUGCGCUGAAAACGUCUUCAUGAGUCAUGUACAAAGCUACGAAACUUGUUUGAACGCUAUUAUUGUUGUCGCUGUGUCACACAUUGUUCAGUGCUGUUCAGUUGUUAGCAUUGUGGUUUGGCCCAGGUUAGUUCAGCACACCAUUCUCAUAGUAAGAAAACUUGUAGAAGUCCAGCAGUUAGUAUAGCUUCUUAACAAAGUGCUUUGGGCUCCUUGCAAAUGCUCCCUCCGAGAAUUUACAGCAGUAGAUUUGUAUUCAAAGACCGUGUCUUGGUUUGUGAUUAUCAUCAUAGUGAAGGGCUGUAGGUUGAUUUUCACCACCUAUUGUUGCUUCUAACUCCACCAAAUUUCGGAACACAGCCGUUCUCGCAUUCUAAUGCAGUCGGAGUGUAGCUGCUGUGGCUGGGAAUAGAACCCAUGACCUUGUGUUGAGCAGCAGAAUGGCUAGUGACAUGACCACUGAGACACUGGAGUAGGUCUGUUCGGAAUUAAUGCAUGUUGUCCAGAAACAUUACCUGUGUAAUGCCAGUAUCCUUCAGUCAUGGAAGCUUUCACACACCUCUUUGAUGGGGGGGGGGCACUUCUUUAACAACUCAAUGCCUGAAAUUGCCAGUGCACAUGUUGAUGGCUGUGCUGUGUAAUGGAAGCUACCCAUUAAGCAUGUUCACAUGUCAUCACGUCAUCUAGUGCCUUUAGUCCGUGCCACCGCACACCAAAAUUCAACGUGGGCGAGUCAUGCGGAGCAUGACCACCAAUUCUGUCUAGGUCGAUGAGGGUCACGUUGAUCUCAUGGUGAUCUCUUUUACUCUCGUGUGAUCAAUAUUUUUAGUGCUCAGACCUGAACCAAGUGCCAAUCUGCACAGGAAGUUUAAAUGGUUAAUGCUUUCUUGAUAUUUUCCAAUGCUAUAAGCUUCCAAGAUGCUUACCUCUUAUGACUUUUCCUGAUAAACACAUACUAACAAUAUAAUCUAGGCACUUUGGUUGUGCUGUCCAUCAGUACUUCAUCACGGUGGCAUUUAGAGCUACAAGGUUCAUCUUCACAAACUGUUAAAUAAUCUACAAGGCCAGGCACCUUUACUGGGUCGUUUGUGGGGAUCUUUGGAAAAAUCAUUUUGAAACGAGGUCCUUUGAGAGGAUAGACAAUGAUUGGGAGGCAUUAUCGUCUGUCUGAUCAAAGAUAAUCAUUUGAGAAGCCAUCAGACACCAAAGCAAACAUAGGGAAAAUUACUUGUACUUACUAAAUGAGUUAAAGAAAUGAUAAAUUAAUGGCAAUGAAAGUGGAUGAAAAAACAACUUGCCACAGGUGGGGAACGAUCCCAUGUCUUCAUAUUAUGCUUUCCCCACCUGCGGCAAGUUGUUUGUUUAUGCACUUUCAUUGUCAUUAAUUUCUUUUUUAAUUCAAUUAGUAAGUACAAGUAAUUUCCCCUAUGUUUUCUUUGGUGUCUUUGUUUGUUGGUUUCUCAUAUGAUUAAUAAAAAUUGGGCCCCUCAGUUAACUCCCUUUCUUCUUGAUCAAAGAUAAGGCACACAGGAACCACUUGCAACAGGAAUGAUCAAGAUGCUGUUUAUUUUACCAGCUGACUUGUCUACCGCUUUCAGAUCAAAAGAGUGCUAGUCUUAAUGAAAUUCUCCUACUGUAAGCAUUACUUGAAAUAGGCCGAGGCUGCUGUGUCUACGGGAAGUGCGACUGCACUGCAUGGUAUGACAUGCAGUAAAAUCGUUAGAGCGCCUGGUCUGUUGCUGAGAAGAUGUGGACAGAUGUCCUCCAGGCUUCCCUCACAGACUUGCGGCCUCAACCAUGUUACUAGAAGCCAGGCACGCACAGUCUAGUCAGGGACGCGCCAGUCCCCUUACAGGGUUACAAGUGGCAGACAUUUAGCAUUAAGUGAUGGCAUUACUGGAGGGACACGAAAAAUGAAUAGGUGAGAUGGGUAGAUUGCACUUUCUGUAUAUUAAGUAGGUCAUUCCUAGUGCCAUUGUAGCAAGUCUAGCAUUCCUAGUCGGCGUAGCAGGUCGGAGGAACGCGCCUGCACAGAUAACAUGUUGCAGGUGAUGCCGCGUGAAAUUCUGGCACCAACAUUUGUUGCGUUUGAUUGCAGAUUUUUACAACAUCUGCUUGAAGCCAGUGCAGCAUUUUUCCAAGUGAGAAAAGAGUCUUGUUGCAUUUCUUGAUUUUUCCUGCACAUCGAUGAAUGCUGCGACGCCCACGGCGUCACUGCAGUGAUCAUGGGCACCAGAAUUGCAAGUAAAAAUUAAAAAGGGAUGGUUUGCCCUUUAUCGCUUCUGGAAGUAAACCUUUUUACACAUGGUAAAUGCUAAUAGAGUUCUGAAAAGAUCAUCCACAUUUCUAAACCGAUUUAGUUGCUCUUUUUAGUGUCCCUUUAGGCUUGAUGUUUUCAAUGAAGGCUCAUAACCAUGCAGUUGACCUAUUCACUUGAUAUUCUCUUGACAUAAAGACAUUGUAGAGACUUUCUCACUGAAAAUAGGAACAUAUUGCAAUCAUCUGCUUUUUAUUUUUUGUGCAUGCUAUAGCUUUGUGCUUCUUCAUCUAAGCCUUCUGAGUGUUUGUGUGUACAAUGAUUGAGAAUGUUGUUAAACUAUUUAUAGUGUUGCUUUAACUGUACUUUUUGAAUAUGUUUGUCUACAGGGAAAGCUCACUGGGGGAGACAGUGGGAAAAUUGCUGGAAGCUGCAUCAAAGUGUGUAAUUUAAUCGUACUUUGCGUCUGUUGCCACAGUUUUUCUCUCACUAUGUCAGUUGCAGCAUCCGUGCAAGUCCCAUUGCCAGUACAUAUUUGCAAAAAUGGCUCAUUAUAGACUACUUUUUUAUGUGUCACAGUCUCACACUUGGUUUGCAUUUGGUUGUGACAUGUUUUGCAUUACUUUUUUUUCUUUCACUGAAGUAGUGCUGCUACUCUGCACAGAUUCGCUCCUGUAUGCCUAUUUCAACUUCCGCAAGGUCCAGUCUCUAAUGCACUGUACCUAUAGUAGCUGCUUGUUGACGGUAUCUUCAGAGUAGUUCAACCACUUUGUUUCUGCAGCCGACUUUGAACAUGCAUUGUAUGCGAGGGUUGUGCAAUAUGUGGCCAGUCAUUGGCUCCCUAGAGCAAGAGUUGGUGGUGUAUAUGGACGGUCUUGACCCAUUUUACUAGGCACGUUUGAUGUGGUUGUUUUAUCGAUGACUAUUGUUGUUUACACAUAGUGCAAACAGAGAAGCUACACGGCUGCUAUUUAUGAGAGUUGUUGGAAACGUUUGUUGUUCAAAACCUUCUUUGUGCAUGUAAAGUGUUUCACAUAGAUUAAUGUUCAGCCUCCCAAGGAAACGUUUCUCUUGUCUCCGGAAGUGCAGCCUCCACUGUUUCCUCAGUCAUGAAGGCACAAUGUACCUGUUUCACGGAUGUCCAAUACAGAAAAAAUAUACGAAAUGUA